CCUCCCAUCAUCCACGUGUAUGACGUCUGGCCACGUCGUUCCCCGUGACAACUUCGGAACUAGAUAUAGAGGUGACCCCUCCAUCUAAGACGGAGUUGGAGAGAACUUGUCGUGAGCUAGUAAUCGCGGAAAUGGCCGACCCCAUUAGAGUUUUGGUUACUGGUGCAGCCGGGCAAAUCGCCUAUUCUCUUCUCUAUGGCAUCGCUAAGGGUGAUGUUUUCGGCAAAGACCAGCCCAUCAUCCUCCUCCUCCUCGACAUCCCACCGAUGCUGCCGGUGCUGGAUGGUGUUGUCAUGGAGCUGCAAGACUGUGCCCUGCCACUUCUGAGAGAGGUGAUCCCAACCGACAAGGAGGAUGUGGCGUUCAAGGACCUGGAUGCCGCCGUCUUGGUGGGCUCCAUGCCCAGGAAAGAGGGUAUGGAGAGGAAGGACCUGCUGAAGGCUAACGUGAACAUCUUCAAGUCUCAGGGGGCAGCUCUGGAAAAGUUCUCCAAGAAGACCGUGAAGGUUCUGGUUGUUGGAAACCCUGCCAACACGAACUGCUUGAUUGCUGCGAAAUCUGCCCCAUCCAUCCCCAAGGAGAACUUCUCCUGCCUGACCCGUCUGGACCACAACAGGGCUCGCUCUCAGGUGGCGAUACGUGUGGGCGUGCCUGCGGACAACGUGAAGAACGUCAUCAUCUGGGGGAACCACUCCUCUACCCAGUAUCCUGACGUGCACCAUGCCAAGGUCAACAUCCAGGGUUCAGAAGUGAACGUCUUUGAUGCUGUGAAGGAUGAUAGCUGGCUCAAGGGCGAUUUCAUUUCCACCGUGCAGCAGCGUGGAGCUGCUGUCAUCAAGGCCAGGAAGCUCUCCAGUGCUAUGUCUGCAGCAAAGGCCAUUUGUGACCACAUGAGGGACAUCUGGUUCGGCACUCCAGAGGGGGAGUUUAUCUCCAUGGGUGUUUACUCCAGUGGGAACUCCUAUGGCGUUCCUGAAGACCUCAUCUACUCCUUCCCAGUUGUGAUCAAGGACAAGUCCUGGAAGAUUGUCGAUGGGCUGCCCAUCAAGGACUUCUCCAGAGAGAAGAUGGAUGCUACAGCAGCAGAGCUGGUGGAGGAGAGGGACACCGCCGUCUCCUUCUUGGGGGUCUGACUAGGACCACCGCAAAUCUCAAAGCAACGUUUAGACCCCCAGAAACCCCCUGACUCUCGUCUGUAAACAACUCCAGCUGUUUCCUGUGUGUUUGUGUCAUAUGUUAAGCUUUAAUUCAGAGAGUAUUGUAACAACUGGUCCAGAUGUGGGUCAGGAGCCUCUUGGGAGUUUUAGUCAAGUACUUUAAUGCACUAGUUACUCAUGACAGUGAUAACCUGUUACAUUCGACAAUAAAAACACAACCCUACAAA